GUCAAAUAGUUUUUUUUCAGCCAAGCCACUCUUGUUUUUGGCCAUACGAAUAGAUUUUUGUUAUUUUUGUGGAAUUUAACAAACUUAUUCCUCUAAAAUGUGGUUCGAAGUCUUACCCUCGGCUGUUAUCAUCACUGUGGCUUUGUCCAUACCCACAUAUGCCAUGUAUGGCCUGCAUAAACUCACUUUGGGCAAUGCCUAUCGCCGCAACUUGGAUGAACGUUUUGAUCGUGUUAUGUAUUUGCGCGACAGACGACUAACCGACAAUCCCUAUCUCAUGAAUGGUUUGGAACAAAUUUCCCGAUGAAAAGUAAAUUCACACAUUGUUCGUAUGCGCAAAU